ACCGACCGACAUCCAUGACCAAGACCGCGAGAUGAGCAAGGCACUGGAGAAACCUCUGCGUUGGGGCAUCCUCGCGCCCGGUGGCAUUGCCAAGUGCUUUGUCGGCGAUCUGCUUCUUCCCGAGGAUGCAGACGUGCGUGCAAACCACAAGGUCGUUGCCGUUGGCAGCAGAACAAUGGCCAAAGCGGAAGUCUUUGUCAAAGAGGUGUUCGAGGGUCGCGAGGGUCUUCAAAGGGACAUCAAGUGCUACGGCGAUUAUGCAAGCUUGCUCAGCGAUGAUCAGGUCGACAUCGUCUACGUUGCUUCGCCCCAAUCUCACCACUUCGGACAGGCCAAGGCGUGCCUCGUAGCGGGCAAACACGUCCUUUGCGAGAAGCCAUUGACGAUCAACGCCGCGCAGACGGAAGAGCUUGUCAAAAUUGCGAGGGAAAAGAAGCUCUUUUUCAUGGAAGCGCGAUGGACCAAGUUUUUCCCCCUGCUUCAAGAGGUCAGGACGUUGGUGCACGACAAGAAGAUCCUUGGCGACCUUGUCCGGGUCAAUUCUGACUUUGGAGAAGCCUUCCCCCACGAUCAUAGGCUGUACGACGCCGCUCUAGGGGGAGGCUGCCUGCUGGACCUGGGCAUCUACUCUCUCACCUGGAUCUCGGCCUUGCUCUGGGACAGUCCCGAGAACAAACGUGCUGCUCCGCGGAUCUCUUCGUCCCUGCUCAUGGAUAAGACCGGCACGGUGGACGAGACCACAACGGCCAUUCUGCAAUUCGACAAGAUCAAGGCAACUGCCGUGCUCAGCGCUUCUUUGCGUGUCGAUCUUCACAGGCCCGGCUACCACACCAUCAUCCAAGGCACAAAGGGCGACCUGACCAUCCACGGCAAGCACACGAGCAAGCCUUUGGCCUACACGCUGCACCUCAAGGACCAACCACCGAAAAGGGUGGAACCCAAGAUCCUUGGCUGGGGAAUGCGAUACGAGGCAGACGAGUGCGCACUACGGAUUGCCGAAGGUGCCGUCGAGAGCCCCACGAUGGACCACGCAGAGAGCGUGUUUGCCAUGCAAGUCUUGGACACCAUCCGCAAGCAGAACAACUUUUCGUUCAGCGCGGAGAUCGAGUCGCUGGACUCGGGACUUUGAAAAUGCAGAUCCCAGCCUGUCGACCUUUGACGAAAUGUUAUGCCUGACCCUCUCAACGCCGGGAUAGCCGAACAUCUUGAUCGUAUAUACAGUGCAUCUUCGCUUUCAUUGCCUUUACCUCCUUAGCAAAUUACAAAAUAGCCUUCUUUUCGUCGGGGCAGACCAUUGCAGCACGCCACUUCUGCCACCAUCAGCACCCAAGCGCUUGUCG